AUGUUCAAUAAUAAUAAUAAUAACUAUAUUAUAAAUUAAAUACGAAAAAUCAUUUCUAUGAUCUCAUUUUUGAGAUUUCAAAGAAACCCUAAAAAAAAAUAAUUCCUUUUCUUCCUUCCCUCUCUCACAGUGCCCUUGUUAUCAGAUUCUAAGACCAAAGGUUCUCUCUUUACAGAAGAGAAAGGCUUGUGUCAAUUCAGUGAGAGAGUUUCAGGUGUGAAUUUUGAGUUUUGGGUAAGUGGGUAUUUGAUUUCUUGGGAUUUAAGGUAGUGGGUUUCAAUCUGAUCUGAGUGACUUGACUGAACGAAAUGAGAGAACCGCAUCUGGGUGUGGCGGAGCAAUGAUAAUUUGGGUGGUGGAGUGUGUUUAAAUCUGAUCUCUGAGUGACUUGACUGAAUGAAAUGAGAGAAGCAUAUCUGGGUGUGGCGGAGCAAUGACAAUGGCUGGAGGUGGAGGGUCAUUGGGUUUGGGAAUUCGUUCUGGAAGUUAUGGCUCUUUGGAUAAACAGCUUCAGAACGGUGUAAUAAUUCCAAUUCAAGCUUCACGAAAGCCUUCCAAGAUGUUAAAGGAGAGAGAGACUUUAUUUCAUUGGAUCUGCAAGUUCGCCGGCCGGAAAAAGGUCGGAAUGCUCCUCCUCUGUUUAAUUUCCGCCGCCGUUUUCGUCUGGGUUUUGUACGUUGGAAAAGGUGAAGAUUCACAAAGUGAUCAUGUUCAGAUCAUUACUAUGAACAAUUCGAUGACUUUAUUUUUGUCUCAAUCUUCACCUCCAUAUGAGGACAAAGCCACAAACAACAUUACUUCUUCUUCUUCUUCUUCUUCUUCUUUUUCUUCUUCUUCUUCUCAAUUGAAUACCCCAAUAAUCCCAGUAGAGAAUCCCAGCUUGGUUUUUCCACCACCUCCUCCUGCUGUUUUUCUGGGCUAUACUCUUCCACCAGGGCAUCCUUGUAAUAGUUUCACAUUGCCUCCUCCACCAGCUGAUAAGAAAAGAACUGGACCUCGGCCUUGUCCAGUAUGUUACCUUCCUGUGGAAGAAGCAGUGGCUUUAAUGCCAAAGGUCCCUUCACCUUCUCCAAUUCUUAAGAAUUUAACUUAUAUUUAUGAAGAAAAUUUAUCUAAAGAAACAGAAUUCGGGGGCUCGGAGUUCGGUGGCUAUCCUACUUUAGCUCAAAGAACUGAUUCUUAUGAUAUAAGAGAGUCGAUGAGCAUGCAUUGUGGAUUCGUUCGAGGAAUUAGACCUGGUCGAAAUACGGGAUUUGAUAUAGAUGAGACUGAUCUCCUUGCUAUGGAGCAAUGUCAAGGUGUUGUUGUUGCAUCUGCUAUAUUUGGCAAUUUUGAUGAAAUAAACCAGCCAAAGAACAUUAGUGAAUAUUCCAAGGAGACUGUUUGCUUCUUCAUGUUCAUAGAUGAAGUGACAGAAGCUUAUGUGAAGACUGCUGGUACAAUGGACAGCAACAGGAAGAUUGGGGUAUGGAGGAUUGUCGUUGUACGUAACCUUCCUUAUUCUGAUGGCAGGCGCACGGGAAAGAUUCCCAAGCUUUUGAUGCAUAGGCUGUUUCCCUAUGCUCGCUUUUCCUUGUGGGUUGAUGGAAAGCUUGAGCUCGUGGUCGAUCCAUACCAAGUUCUUGAAAGGUUCUUGUGGAGGAAAAAUGCAUCAUUUGCUAUAUCUAAACAUUAUAAACGCUUUGAUGUAUUUGUUGAAGCUGAGGCAAAUAAAGCUGCUGGAAAAUACGAUAAUGCAUCUAUAGACUUUCAGGUUGAUUUCUACAGAAAGGAGGGUUUGACCCCAUACACCGAGGAAAAGCUUCCCAUAACAAGUGAUGUUCCUGAAGGAUGUGUUAUAAUAAGGGAGCAUAUUCCUAUAAGCAAUCUAUUUACUUGUCUUUGGUUCAACGAAGUUGAUCGAUUUACUUCCAGGGAUCAAAUUAGUUUUUCCACUGUCAGGGACAAGAUCAAGGCAAAAACAAAUUACACUAUCAACAUGUUCCUGGACUGCGAGAGGCGCAACUUUGUUGUGCAGAAAUAUCAUAGAGAGGUCAUGGAGCAGCUAUUGGCUGCUCAUGCACCUCCUCCACCAACACCAGUACUGCCACCGCCACCGCCACCGCCACCAACACUGCCACCGCCACCACCGCCUACUCCAAUCAAUGAACCACCAAUGUCAUUAUUCGAAACACCCUCACAAAAUGAAAAUGUUGUAAAUGCACCAGUUCGAAGGGUCACAACUCGGCGUGGGAGAGAUAGGAGGUCUGGCUCCAGACGGCACAGGAAAGUUUCUGCCGGUGGUGGUGGUGGGGGCAGUAGAGAAAUCACUUCAAGUUUAAGAAAAUAAAAGGAAGUUUUGUUCAAGCAAAUUACAUUGAUUAUUUUUUUUAAUUACCUCUCCUGAUUGGAAAUCAUUCUUUUUGGAGGGGAAGGGGGGUUGUGGAGGAUUUAUGCAGAGGUGAGAGUGAGUGAGUGAGUAAAUGAUGCUAAUUUUGCUUCCACAUGAGAACAUGUGUUCUCUCAUUCUUUUCUCUCUUUUUUUUUUCUUUUCUUUUAGAAAUUUGUCAUUUUUUCUUGUAUAUAUUAAGUUAUAAUUUUCCUGAUAAUAAUUAAUAAUAAUUUAUAACAUGGGUCACUACCAAAUGUUUGUUUCAUGUGGUGGCCCAUUUUGUUGAUCUUCAUACCAUGAUAUACCAUCUAUUAUUGUAUUGGGACAAGGAACCAAACUUAUAAAGCUAUCUAUCUAUUUUCCUAUGCA